UGUGUGGUUUCCCCUUUCCCCCGCUCUGCUGUUGCUCUGGACGGGGCUGGUCCUCUGUCUGGGACUCUGUGUGGCGAUUGGAGAUUCUUGGCUGGGCCCCGGGACCUCCCCCCUCUGGCACACUUGCAGCGCUGCACCACCACCAUGACUUUCACUGCUCUCCAAGGGCGGGUGGUGCACCUUCAGGGAAAAACAAACAAACAUGGAGGCUGUAGGAGUGCAAGUAUACAGACCUUGCUCGUUUGACCGUCUCCCGUCAGGCCAGCAUGGCUCCUCCAAGCCCCCGCUGAGCUCCUCGGCCAUGACAUCGCGCAUCCUGCUGCGGCAACAGCUGAUGCGGGAGCAGCUUCAGGAGCAGGAGCGGCGGGAGCAGCAGAGACAACAGGCCUCCCAGUACGCACAAAGCACAGUGGCCCAGACCCCUGCCAUCAAUGUCAGUGUCCCCGCCAGUUUACCACCCGCUGCACAGGUGCCAAUGGAGGUUCUGAAGGUCCAGACUCACUUGGAGAACCCAACCAAGUACCACAUCCAGCGCUCCCAGCAGCAGCAGGUGAAGCGGUACCUGGGAAAGCUCGGCUCUCAGGUGUUGAGCUUGCCCUGCCCCAGCCAGUCCUCUGACCACGGGGGCAUGCCGCCAGGGCCGGGCAACAGCGCCCCCAACAGCCCUAUGGCCUUACUGACCCUGAACUCUAACUGCGAGAAAGAGAUGGAUGAUGUCAUUGAUGACAUUAUUAGUCUGGAGUCUAGUUACAGUGAUGAUAUCCUCGGCAUGAUGGACCCAGGACUUCAGAUGGCUCACACGAUCCCCGUGCCCGCUAGCCUCAUGGACAUGUAUGGUAAUCAGGGUAUGCCUCAGCAAGGUCUGCCCGUCAGCAACUCCUGCCCAGCCAACCUGCCCAACAUUAAAACGGAAUACUCCAUUUCACAAUCCCCGGCCAUCAUGCAUAUGCUGGAUAAGUCUGGAUCCUGUGGCAAAUAUGACAACUAUCAAAGGCCUGAAGGGUUCCCUGUGGAAGCUGAAGUAAGAGCUAUGGCAAAGGAAAGGCAGAAGAAGGACAACCAUAAUUUGAUUGAGAGAAGGCGACGGUUUAACAUUAAUGAUCGCAUUAAGGAAUUGGGAACUUUAAUUCCAAAAUCCAGUGAUCCAGACAUGCGCUGGAACAAAGGCACCAUCCUGAAGGCAUCAGUGGACUACAUCAGGAAGCUACAGCGGGAGCAGCACAGGGCCAAGGAGCUGGAGAAUCGUCAGAAGAAGCUUGAGCACGCCAACCGACAUCUGAUGUUGAGGAUACAGGAGUUAGAAAUGCAGGCCCAGGCUCACGGCCUGGCCAUCGCAUCCUCAGCUCUCUGCUCUGUUGAACUUGGGACCCGGAACAUCAAGCAGGAACCUGCUCUGGAGGACUGUCACCGGGACCUCUACGCACUUCACCCCCUUCACCAACACAACCCCGCCUGCACUCCUGAACCGCCCGGCAGCCUGGAGCUAAACGAAGGCCACUCCAACUACCCAGAGGGCCACUACGGCAUUCAUAGCAAACCGGGCUCCAAACUCAACGACAUCCUCAUGGAAGACACCUUAUCACCAGUGAGAGGGGGGGACCCUUUGCUCUCCUCUGUCUCCCCAGACACCUCAAAGGAAAGCAGCCGAAAGAGCAGUGUAAGCAUGGAUGAGAAUGAGCAGGACUGUUAGCACCCUCUGCUGGAAGUCGCCUCACCCUCAUCUCCAACCCCUCCACUCAGCUGCAAGCGUUCCUGUCAGCAGCUAACUCACUCUCAGCUGCUGGACAGGCUUUCUCCACUUCCCGUCAUUUGUUUCUUGUGGUUUUUUUCCUCCCCCACCUGUGUUUACAUGUGUAGAAGUCUCCAUUCAUAUUUAUGUUAGCUCUUUUUGCGAUACCUUUGUCCUUUCAUGCCCUCAGCUUUGAUUUCAAGGACUGAUUUUACAGUGUGUUUGCUUUAAUCAGUACUAUGAUGACAAUGAGUUACACAAAUAGAAGUUUUUAUAUUUAAAUAAAUAUGCAUUUAUCUUUGGAUGGAGAUUAGAUUAUGUUUAUUUCUAUUAAUUCCAAAGAAUCUAGGGAAGUUAUAAAUCAUGGUCAGAUGUGUAGAUAUUCUGUGGUGCGAUGAACACUUCUUUUUGAAUCACUAGCAAUAAUAGAAGAAAAAAAAUCUAUUUAUUACUGUAGUGCUUUACACUCCUUGUGUCUUAGAAUAAACUUGAAUGUGCCAAUGCCUUAUUAAGAUGUCUAUACAUCAAUGUUGUAUUGCUAUGCACAUGUUUUGGCUGUUAUAGCUGAGUAUUUGUCGGUCUUCCAGUUGAAAUUUCUUCCUUGAAAUACUGAUCAUUUGUAGAUCUGAUCUUAUUUAUGUAUCUAUGUACACAGGACUUUAUGUACACAUUCCCCUAAAAGUUCAUUUAUAGCAAGAGCCUGAGAUACUAAGCAUAUUAUAAUGAAAUCAACACUGAUAAUGGCUCAUCUCGGUCUUGUAUUCACUGCCAUAAUAGGCAGCACAACAAUUCAGUAACAAGACAGAAAGGUCAGGUUUAGCCAUGCAUGCAUCCUAUAACCACCUAGUGCUGAUUGAUCCAGCAGAAAUAUGAAUAAUACAUUCCUCAUUGCCAAGACCACUACAAUACUUAAACAAAACAACAACAAAAAUUAUCAACAAAUAUCAAAGACUUUUUUAAUGCAAAGUCCAAAGCCAGUAGAAUCUGAGUGCAGGUCAAUAAAGCUGUGGUGGCUCUGACAUGCGCACAAGUAGCUGAUUUCACUGGAUAAAUCUGAACAUUGUUACAUUCUACAGAUCUUUAAUAUGUGAUUGAUGUACAAAAGAUGAAUCACUUUAGUUUGUAUUGUAUUUUUCUCUGUAGUGAUCAGACUAACAACUGGUAAAGCUGCACACUCAGAACAUUGUAAUACUUCAGACAUGUCGAUGCAAGUUUUUAUAAUUGUCAGCCCAUUUUCUAAAUUAUUGUUAUUUUGUUUUUUUCACUGUGGUAAUAUUUCACAUUCAGGAUGUUUUUUUUCUUCAUCAUGUGAACAUUUAUAAUACCAAGGAGUAUAAGGAAAUUGCAUUGGGAUUUUGUAUGAAAUGCAUGAAGUUGUUGAAACACUGAAACGUGGUUUGUUCGCCUUUUUUUCUUCUUUUUUUUUUACUAAGCAUAAACUAACUAUUGUUCUUGGCUUUUCAAAUGUAUACAGAAUAUUGUAUGAGACUGUAGAUUCCUUCCGGUGUAUGGUUGUUGUAUAUUGUAGCACAUUUCAUAAACAGGCCUUUGUUAAUGACUACCUGCCAUACGUCGACAGCCCUGCUACAGCACAGCCCCCAUUUUGUUAAACUAUGCAAUGGUUGAAGCUGUGCCUGUGUAGAGCAGCGUCAGGUCUCGGCAAAGUGAUCACCUUAUGAAUUCAUCUAAACCAGUAUCAUGGUGACUAUCUUUUUCAUUGAUUUAAGUGCCUUACAGUCAUUUCUGUUACCCUGGCGAUGUGAGAGGAGUGACGCAGAAUUUUGCUAAUGUUUAUACUGGUGUUUGGUGCUUCAUGAAUUAGUCUGAAAAGUGCAAGGUUUACCUCAGAGAGCAGCAGGAAGGCGCCUUUUGUCAGUAAAAGAUAGCACCAUAAGCUUCUCAGACCCAAGAACUGCAAGAAAGGGUUUGUUGUUAUGGAACCCCAAAGUGCUCAGUAUUAAAUGAAUACAAAGGCUUUAUGAAGUAGCUAAGUAAUCAUAAAGCUCACCAAGAUAAACCAAUAUAUUCUGAAAUAAUUUGACAAAUUAUUAAACGCCAUCAUUAUUAAAAGCUUUUUCAUCUCUAUUAUUUUCACAGCUGUGUUUUAUUUCUUUUACUUUGGAGAAUUGGUUUUAUUUCAAAAAGUCUUUUUAUUCCAUAACAGCAUUUCUCCCAGUGACACCACCUCCUCAGCCCUCCGGUCAUUCCUCCUGCAACAGCUGCAGCUACAGCAGUGACAAAGUCAUUCUGAAACGACUAACAGCUGCUGUAAAGAAGCACAGAAACUAACCUCCUUAUAUUUAGCUCAGCGAGGCUACAAAUGGUACCUACUGUAGCUUAAUUUGCCUGUCAGCAUCAAGUGAAAAGUCAGUGUUAAGAGUAGCAGCUAACCUGUUAAUUCAGUUUCUUUGGUGUUGUGUUUCUUAAGAUAUUGCUCAGAGAUUCCUCAACCACUAGCUAGUAGUUGCCUAGUAGUUGUUGAGUCGGCUGAGACAAGCUGAAACUCCAUGUGUUAAAAUAUAGUGCCAUUAAAAUACAGUACAAGAAAAUAAAAGAUUUUAUUUGUAAUAAUUUAUCAAAUUAUUUUACAAUUUUAUUGCCUCACAGAGGCAUGUCUGGCUGGUCAGUCAGCCCAGACUAUAUAUGAUCAACUAUUGGAUGGAUUACUGUGAAAUUCUGUACAGAGGGAUGAUGCACAGAGGUUGAAUCCCAAAGCCAUCCUCUGACUUUUCUCUUCGUGCCACCAGCAGGGUGACAUUUCUGGCUUUUUCAGAAAUGCAUUGGCUUGGCAGCUGUUAGAAUUGCUAUGACAUUUGGUUCAGGAUGAAUUGUCAGUGACCGUGCAAGUACAGCCUCACAGAACCACUAGUAUAGACCUUUCUUAGUUUCAAUAUUAUAUUUGACUUACUUAUUCUAAUCAUUAUUUAUUUCAUGAUGUUCUUCUUUAUUUUUAAUUGAACACUUUGGGGCUUCAAGUUGUGAAUAUGAAGCAUCUUUUUAAGACUAGUAUGAAUGUAGUUCACAGCAACAACUGCCAAAAGGUGUUGCCAAAAUCAAAUAUAUAAAUGAUGUUUAUAUAAAGAUAUUAACUAGAAACAACGUAGCUUCUGCACUUUUUGUUUGUUUCAUAGUAACAAGCAAUACCUAGAGCAUGAUGGUAAUCAAGCCAGAAAUAAAGCACCAACGAGUGAAGUACAUUGUGCAAGUUCACUUUUGAACACAAACAUUUUCACCUAAGAGCCAUGUAGUAGCUUGUUGCAGAGCUUUCAACGGCAUCUCGCGGUCUUCAUCAGCAGGUGGAGUUUGCUCAGAUGUUUGGCUGAACCCAGAUCAGCUGUUUUAAUGGAACAGAUAAAUCAUCUAAACACUGAAAUGCAACUGGUUCAAAUUACAGCAGCAUUACACAAGUUGGUGUUCGAAGCCAGCGUUAUGACUGAGUUCUCAUUUUGAAUCCUCCAGCUGUUUAAGUAUUAUGGGAAAACCACUAAUUAAAAAACAGGUUAACUCAGUUUAGACUUUUAUGCUCAUUCGCAUUCCUGUGGGCCAUUCAGACAUUGUUCUCUGCUGAUGUUACUACUGUUCUUAUUGUUACAGUUUGAUAGAUGAGAUGAAUGUAGCAAUAGUUACUGUACGCACUGGUUUCAGAGUAGUGAGUAUAAAUAAACUAACUGGCACUCA